UAAUAUGCUCCACAACUUAAAGGGAAUGCAGGACAUGUUAUUGGACACCGUCACCGACAUCCACCAAGGACGUUUUAACCCACACGUGCUCACUCCGGAACAACUUAUUAAUGAGUUAAGCGCCGUUGCAAGCAAUCUACCAAGAGACGUGUCCCUGCCUAUUGACAACUUACACACGGAUCUACGCAAAAUAUACAACCUGUUGAAAGUAAAGGCAAGGAUGAUGGACGACGUACUUAUUUUCGAGAUAAGGCUGCCUCUAGUUAGCCGAGAUGUUUAUGAACUUCUAAGGAUUAUUCCGAUACCCAAAAGGACUGGAAACAAGAUAACCACUGUUAUACCUGUAUCGGAGUAUGUCUCCAUAAACAUGAAAAAAGACAUGUAUAUUCCUGUCUCAGAAAAUGAUAUCAGAGCUUGCACAAUAUCAUCAGAUUCCUAUUUCUGCUACAUCAAGAAACCAGUCUAUCAAUUGAAAGGCGACAACAGUUUUUGUGAAUCAGACAAAUCGGGAUGCAAGACUGCCAGCACGACAUGCACAAAUAAUUGGAUCGAAAGUAGCGCUCUAAAUACCUAUAUUUAUUUUUGUUGUGCACAGUGUCAAGUUCGAACAUUGUGCGCGGAUCAAGUCACCGCGCACCAGCUGACGAAUGCCGGACUUAUAAACAAAAACGAAUCUGAAGAUCUACAAAGGGAAACUAACGAACUUGGAGAAAAGAUUGAACAAUUGAAGACCACCGAAGUUAACGCCGAGACCAUAUCAUAUCACGAUAUUCAUCACUACGCCAUGAUAUACGUGAUUCUUGGAGUAUUCGGAACUACAGCAUUAUUUAUCAUAAUACGACGAACGCUCGGGAAAAUGCCGCCUACGCCGUCCCGACACAUCGCCGAGGAACCUCCGGCCGCCACGCCGCCCCCGCCCCGCGCGUCGCCGCGCUCCGUCGUCGUCACCGAGGCGCACCAACUCAGCGAUGAAGAUCACUGCGACACGUCAAAUCCUUCGCGAUUAGAUAAGGCGACAUCCCCUUCAUUUAAAGUAAUUACUUUUAGUUAGAUUUAAUGUUUAUCAUGUUUUUUAGCAGCAUCUCCCUCUCCUCUCAACCGCCCCCCGGAAUAUGUACAAGUAAAUUGCACAUGCGUCAUCGAGUAAAGAAUCAUGUGAUUAUUGUUUUUACCAGUCAUGUGAUUGAUUGCACCAUCAGCAUU